UGGCCGGCGGUCUCAGGGCUCGGCUCGCGGUUGGGCGGCGCUCCGUCAAUCAGACGCGCGGCGGCCGAGGCGGCCGGUCUCCCAUACGGCAGCCCCCCGGGAGGCCGCGCUCGCCUCUGAGGGGCCGCUGAGGCAAGCAAAUCUGCAAGCCGGUGCCCUUUUCACUGUGCCCUGAGGAGAAUCCAUUGACUGUGACCAGCAGAUGCUUAGCCAUGGGGGCUUGUGCAACACCAGGUGUCCUGUGAGUCUCAUCAGUGAUUAGAUCAGCAGACAGAAAGGAGGAACCCAGGUGGAAGACAGGAGCUGACUUUGCAAGAAUGAGAUGCCUCACCCAGCCACUGCUCAGGAGGUUCUUGGGUCUUUUGCCUCAGUGUGUGCCAGUGGGAUUGAGUCAAAGUCCUGUCCAUGGCCCCAAGCAGUCAUCUUUGAGGCAGAGCUGUAGUGCAAGACUUGGGCUGGUGACUGCCAUUGAUACGGUCGGCUACUGGCAAAAGGUGUUUGAGACAAAUGGGAUCCCUGAGGCACGAGAAUCCAGUGAAUACAUCAUGUCAUUUGUCCUGGGAGCAAAAACAUUUCAGAGCUUGAACUCCGAAAAACUCCAUACUCCGCUUACAGCAGUGCAACAGGAGCAGAUCCAGCAGCUGUGUCGCAGGCGACUAGAAAGAAUGCCAGUGCAGUAUGUGCUUGGUGAGUGGGACUUCCAGGACCUGACUCUGAAGAUGAGACCCCCAGUAUUUAUUCCUCGGCCUGAGACAGAGGAUCUCAUCUCCUUAGUUCUGGACGAAGAAUCUCGGAAACAUGAGAAGAAUUCAGGCCUCUGCUUCUCAGCUGCUGUCCCACAUCCUGUUAUCCUGGAGAUUGGCUGUGGCUCUGGAGCAAUUGCUCUGAGUCUCCUGUGCAAACUGCCUCAGAGCUGGGUGAUAGCUGUGGAUAAAGAGGAGGCUGCUGUGGAUCUCACCAAGGAGAAUGUGCAUAGGCUGCAACUCCAGGACAGGAUCCACAUCCUCCACCACAAUGUUUCAUACGGUUCUGCCAAACAGCUGCUACUCUGGGGCCCCAUGGACUUCAUAGUCAGUAACCCCCCAUAUGUUUUCCAUGAAGACAUGGCUUCCCUGGAUGCAGAGAUCCUCUGCUAUGAGGACCUUGGUGCACUGGAUGGAGGAGCUGAUGGGAUGAGAGUUAUCAAAACAAUUCUGGCUCUGGCUCCUUCUCUUCUGAAGGAUUCUGGAAGCGUGUUUCUAGAAGUUGAUCCCAGACACCCAGAUAUGGUGGAGAACUGGCUACAGGCACACCCAGACUUACUACUCACCCUUUGUGCUGUUCACAAGGACUUCUGUGGCAAGCCUAGGUUCCUGCACAUCCAAAAACAAAGCAGAUGACAACAGUGCUGGAGAUAACAUUCCUUGCAGUGUGCUUUUUGCUGAUGAGCCCUGCUGAAUGGCUUGUUGCAUGGCAGCAUGGCAAAAGGAAUCUUCACUUCGUUUUCCAGUGCGUUGAUCUCUCCAUGCAGUGACAGGCCCCUCAUUUCCUAAUACAGGCUUCAUCUUGCAAUCCAGAGGUUCAACAGAGCAUUUAAAAGUGUUUCAUCUUCUUCAGGGAUCUACAUGUGACUCUAGUUUACUCUGCUAAAGUGACUUGCUAAUCUCAGGACCAAUAUGGAAGAGUUCACAGUUCCAGAUAUUUCAUUGCAAAUUUCAAAGAAAUACAUUAAAAAUACAGUUUCUCAACAUGUCAGAUCACCCAUUUAACGUAGAAGGAUUUUUUUUUCCUUAUUUAACCUUGAGGUAAACUUUGAAAGAAUAUGACCAGAUUGGUUGAUCGGUCCAACUCUGGGUUUAGCAGCUCAUGAAUUUGCAGGUAUAAUGGAAUGUGACUAAACUGCAGGUUUGAAAUUCAGCUCUCUUUCAGGUUCCUGAUGCUCUGGAGUAGCUUUCCAACAGCAAAGCAGCUUUCAUUUCUAAGUCCUGCUGAGUGACAUAGUGACAUGUCAUUUGAAGUAUCAGUGCACAUAUUACACCGUGACUGCUUAGGAGAGACAAAGUUCUGCAGCUCAGAUAAAGUGAUUUUGAUCGCGCCUGGGUUGUGAUGGAUUUGGUGAAGAGAUUAAACAGGAAUCUAUGGAUCGGUCUGCCCCUUCCUUUGGAAUAUGCUUGUUUGGAGUAGAAGGGAAAAGCCUUGUAUUUGGACAGUUGUGGGCCACAGCUGAUAAAGCAUCUCUUCCUGUCAUACAUGUUUUCACUCUGUAUUUGUGGCUACGUAGGUCACUGGCUCUAGAGGAAGGAGCUCUGUUGGUGUUGGCUAAAACCAUCUGAAUCUACAGCACCUGACACUUCAUGGAUGCUGCCAGAAAGAAUCAAACCAUUGUAUUAAAGAUAGUGCUGUAUGUACGUUAAACUUAGUCUUACAAGAAAUGCUGUGCAAUCGUGCUUUCAAACGUGCUGGUGGGUCUGAAUAAACAUCUGGGAUCUGCA